AUGCAGUUCUGGUCCUUGGGCUUUCCUGGGGAGCCCAUCACCUUGCCGCCCCGAGAGCUGCUGCCCAUGCGCACGGCUCGCGCGCGGCUCUGCGUGAAGCGGGCCGCGUGCGGGGGGCGCAACGUGCGCAUCGCAGGCAUCAAAGUGCUCACCAAGCGCCUCAAGCGCCGGCGGGAGGAUGAGAGCCGCCUGGCUGACCGGCUUUGGUCGAACCAGGAGUUUGCAGACAUUGCCGUGCGGGCCAACGACGGGGUUGAGAUAAAAGCUCAUCGUGCAGUCCUGGGCAUCGCCUCCCCGGUCUUCCGGUGCAUGCUGACGUCGCCGAUGAAGGAAGGCGCCUUCGGAGAGGUGGCUCUGCCCUGCAGCGAAAGUGUGGUCCGCGCGCUGCUGAAGCACUGCUACGGCCUUCCCUAUGAUGGCAGCUUGAACCUGGAGGAUGAGCUGGCUCUUGUGGAGCAGGCGCACGCCUUUGAGCUCACAAGCCUGUGCGAGGAUGCGGCAUUUUCUGCCAUCGAACGCUUGAGCGAGAACACGGUGGUGCCACUCAUCAAAGGCCUCCGCACAUUCUACAAGGCUGGGGCACUCAAGGAGGAGUGGGAGAAUUUGGUUCGACAAGUACGGGCAAAUCCUGAUUUGUGCCAUGCAGUUCUUCUGACCGGCUGA